GGGGCCGUUUUACUUUUUUUGGCUGGCAGGAAGGGGAUUUGGAAGGCCAAAGGAUGGCUCCUAAGCCCUGGCCAGCCCCUCACUCAGGGCAGGUUUUUGGAAAUCAAGGUUAAAGCUCCCCGCUGCUGCCCCAAGGACUGGGUUUCCGCAGGGCUGCUCACCCGACUGCAACCAGAGAAGGAGGGAGGAAGUUGUUGAAGUUUCUCAUAAAACUGAGUUUCCAUGGUGGUGGUGGUUCUUUAAUGAGCUGGACCACAGUCCUAGACCAUAUCCUCUUUAUAGAAUUUUCCCUCACCAUAGGAAAUAGAGGACUAAAAGUCUUCCACCUCUGUCCCUCCCUUACCCAGGCAAAACUUUGUCAAAUAAUUUUAGAAAUUGUCCAAAACUAUAAAAUUCAACUUCUGACAAAAGUAUACCUUUUCAUAUUUGACAAUUUGUGUUAAAACAAAAAUUGACCUCCUUGGUUGGUAGUGAAGGAGAAAAAUCAAUAGUAUAAUUUUCAAUAAUUCAUAAAGCAAACACCAUUAUGCUAAAUCUUAACUAUUAAUCUUAUCCUUUACAAAGUCUCGAUUGAUUUGUUAAUAAAAUAUGUUCCCGUGUGUAGCAACAGCGGGUAUAACUCUUUAAAAACCUUCAGAAGCAAGAAAAUUACCAAGUAGCCCAAGAAUGUAGAUGAGAAUUUUAUUGAUCGCCCUGAUUCUUCUUAAUAUGUAUUAAUAAAUUCCACAACCUUUUGUACCUUGCACUUGUCAAAAACCAAUGCUUUUACAAAAUCCAUAAAAGGAAAACAUAUUUUUCUUUGUGGAAGAACCAAAUGACAUCUUUGCAGUUCUCACUCUCCUGCUUGGCCCAGUUUUCUAAAACUUCUGGAGCCUCAGGGUCAGUUUUCCCCUUUUCUUUUUAAAUUUAUUUUUUUUUCUUUCCUCCUUCCUUACUUCCUCUCUCCUCUCUAUUAUCAGGGCAUGUGGGAAAGAGAGGGAAACCUCGUUUUAGUUCACCCGCCGGGAUCCCAAAAGACGCUUUCGCGGGUAGUGUACUGCUGGCGAAAGAGUGUCUACUGGCUGAAGGCUCCCAGCGGCGCGGCCCGGCAGAGGCCUGGGUGUGGUUCCAUUGAGAACCGAAGGGUUACGAAGCCCGGGCGCGGAGGGUCAGGGAGCCAGGGCAGGAGGGCUGAAGGACAGGACAACGCAGGGACUUAGCCCAUCUUCGGGGAUUCCGGGCCGGUCAGCUGCGUAGCCUCUCGGCCCUCGCGGGCCUUUUCUCCUCUGUUCCCCAGACACCUUGUCCGCAUCUUUGCGCAAGGGAUCUUUCCUUCGGAUCCUUGAGGUAGGAUGUCUCAGGGCCUGCCGAAUCCGACUCACCUUCCCUGGCUGCCCCGGACUAAGUUAACCAUCCUGCGCCCGACCCGUACCGGACCCGGCCCGCUUGGGCGCGUUCUGCCUGAAUGUGUGUGGGGGGGCGGAGGAAUGCUUCUGUAUUCUGUCGCUGGGGCACUCUGGCUUUCCUCCCGUCCGUCUGUGUCCACCCAGAGGUCCCUCCGGCCGACCCUUUCCUUCCGCCGGCGGGGCGCAGUGGUUGAGGUAGGGGACGCGAGUGGGUGUGCUGGCCGAGCUAGCCCAGGGAAGCGGGCUGGCAGACAGCGGAGAGCGCUGGGGCGGUUGUCUCUAGCGCGCACUAUCGCGGGCGCAUAGUAGAUGUCGCUGUUGUCCGUGCUUAGGCGGCCGGUCGGCCGAGCUCUGGAGCACGUGACCUGCGAGGAGGCUGCGGCUCAAGGCCAUUUUCAAAUCUCAUUGGCUUGGUUGUCAUGUGGUCGGCAGAGGCAUCCACAAUUACACGGGGAAUGUUUUCCUAGAGAUGUCAGCCUACAAAGGACACAAUCUCUCUUCUUCAAAUUCCUCCCCAAAAUGUCCUUUCCCAACAGCUCUCCUGCUGCUAAUACUUUUUUAGUAGAUUCCUUGAUCAGUGCCUGCAGGAGUGACAGUUUUUAUUCGAGCAGCGCCAGCAUGUACAUGCCACCACCUAGCACAGACAUGGGGACCUAUGGAAUGCAAACCUGUGGACUGCUUCCGUCUCUGGCCAAAAGAGAAGUGAACCACCAAAAUAUGGGUAUGAAUGUGCAUCCUUAUAUACCUCAAGUAGACAGUUGGACAGACCCGAACAGAUCUUGUCGAAUAGAGCAACCUGUUACACAGCAAGUCCCCACUUGCUCCUUCACCACCAACAUUAAGGAAGAAUCCAAUUGCUGCAUGUAUUCUGAUAAGCGCAACAAACUCAUUUCGGCCGAGGUCCCUUCGUACCAGAGACUGGUCCCUGAGUCCUGUCCCGUUGAGAACCCCGAGGUUCCCGUCCCUGGAUAUUUUAGACUGAGUCAGACCUACGCCACCGGGAAAACCCAAGAGUACAAUAACAGCCCCGAAGGCAGCUCCACUGUCAUGCUCCAGCUCAACCCUCGUGGCGCGGCCAAGCCGCAGCUUUCGGCUGCCCAGCUGCAGAUGGAAAAGAAGAUGAACGAGCCGGCCAGCGGCCAAGAGCCCACCAAAGUCUCCCAGGUGGAGAGCCCCGAGGCCAAAGGCGUCCUUCCGGAAGAGAGGAGCUGCCUGGCUGAGGUCUCCGUGUCCAGUCCCGAAGUACAGGAGAAGGAAAGCAAAGAGGAAAUCAAGUCUGAUACUCCAACCAGCAAUUGGCUCACUGCAAAGAGUGGCAGAAAGAAGAGGUGCCCUUACACUAAGCACCAAACGCUGGAAUUAGAAAAAGAGUUCUUGUUCAAUAUGUACCUCACCCGCGAGCGCCGCCUAGAGAUCAGUAAGAGCGUUAACCUCACCGACAGGCAGGUCAAGAUUUGGUUUCAAAACCGCCGAAUGAAACUCAAGAAGAUGAGCCGAGAGAACCGGAUCCGAGAACUGACCGCCAACCUCACGUUUUCUUAGGUCCGAGGCGGGUCGCAGGCCAGGAUCAGAGAGGGAGCACCGCGUUCCAGGGCCGAGUGCUGGAGGACUGGGAAGGCGGAAACAAAACCUUCAUUGCUCUUUGUUUUUUGUUUUGUUUUGUUUUCCUGCUAGAAUGUGACUUUGGGGUCAUUCUGUUCGUGCUGCAAGUGAUCUGUAAUCCCUAUGAGUAUAUAUAUAUAUAUAUUAAAAGAAUUAGCACGUGUAAUUUAUUAUUUUUUCAUCGUAAUGCAGGGUAACUAUUACUGCGCAUUUUCAUUUGGGUCUUAACUUAUUGGAACUGUAGCGCAUCCGUUCAUCCAUCCAUCUAUCCAGCAAUGUAACUUUUUCAUGUCUUUCCUACCACAAAAGGUCUGUGUGUGUGGUUAGUCCAUGAACUCAUGCCAUUUUGAAUACAUCUAGUACUUUCAAAAUGACAUAUAUAUUUAAAAAUGAUUAAGAAAACCCACAAGCUUGGGGGGAGGGGGAUUUAAAAAGCACAUUACAAUGUAUCUUUUCACAAACGAGCUUAGCAAUUGUCUUUGGUGAGAUGGAAUAUUGACGACUUAUGCCUUGUAGCCUUUCCCUUGUGGUGCAUCUGUGGUUUGGUAGAAGUACAACAGCAACCUGUCCUUUCUUUGCAUGUUCUGGUCGCAUGUAUAAUGCAAUAAACUCUGGAAACUAGUU